GUGCUGCCGCCAUUUCUCCAUGUUUUGCAGAACUUCUGAUCACGCCAUGUGGGCCCAGAGCGUCCGCAGGUUCACAACCUCAGUGGUCUGCAGGAGCCACCAUGAGGAGGGCCCGGGGAAGAAUUUGCCUUUUUCAGUGCAAAACAAGUGGCAGUUGCUUGCAAUGAUGACUUUAUACUUCGGGUCUGGAUUUGCAGCACCAUUCUUCAUAGUAAGACACCAACUGCUUAAGAAAUAA